UAUUAAUACCAUGAUUGUACAUGUAUCUGACUGGUUUGAUUCGCAUUGUGGAUUUCACGUCGUUACAUAUGCGGGUGCCAGGUGGACUGUAUCUACCGACACUGAGUAGACCUUUUGACUUGGGACUCUGGAUCGGAGGUGUGCUCUCGACAUCGGUCACGAAAGGUAGCCGAGUCGCACUACGCUAGUGCAAGUGCGCCUUGUAGCCAGAACGCCGCGGAUCAGAAUGGAUUCGUGUGUGUCGUUGGUCCUCGUCUCACUCAGCCUGGCGCAUUUCGCCGCCAAGGUGCUGACUGUAAGUGUAGCUAGCGCCGAGGAGGUCGCACGAAGCCUUCCGGAAUUUCCACCGAGUUUGGGCGACGAACCAGUGGACUCUCCACCAUAUGGCAGAGGACAUCUGAAACCAUUUGGAUACCAACGAGCUCCUGAAGGACCAGUACAAGAGUACAUCGAGGAGCUACACCCCAGCGAUUUCUACCGCACACACAUCAAGCCAAAGCAACCGCUGGUGUACCGUGGAAUGGUGAGCGACUCGCCGGCAUUUCGCCUCUGGACGGACGAGUACCUCCGGGAGACGUACGGCUCACUGGACGUGAUAAGCGAGGUCAAGAACGAAAGCCGUGCCACGCCGCCCAAGCGCAUGCAGAUGAGGGAGUUCCUGGACCGGUACCAGAAGGACAACCUCUACAUCGUGACCGUCUUACCGGAUGAUAUGAGAAAAGAGGUCAAGGCACCUCGCAGUGUUCUGUGUGGCAGUACGCGGCGCUUUAUUCAGGAGGCCAAUCUGUGGAUGAGCAACGGUGGUACGCGCAGCGUGAUUCACUAUGAUGCAGAUCACAACAUUCACUGCCUGCUGGCUGGCCGUAAGGACUUUGUGAUGAUCCCGAAGAAGUAUCAGGCGCAGCUGUACAUGGCAUCACAGACAAUCAACGGCUCAGGCUACUCACUCAUUGAUCCGGAUAGUGUUGACUUGAUGCAGUAUCCGUUGGCGGCUGGUGUUCCAUGGACCUGGGCCACCUUAGCACCCGGGGACUGCAUUUUCCUACCCGGAGGGUAUCUGCAUCAGGUCAGGUCGUAUACGCGCAGCAUCUCCGAAACACUCCUCUUCACGCCCACACGUUGGUUUAACGACAGCAACUGCAACACAACGGACGUCGAUAGCUACAUGUCGUUGGCAGAUGUGGAGCUGAAGUGGACCUACCUGAAAGGCCAGAAGCACAUUGAAAUGGGCUACAUGAACCCGGAACUUAUUCGGGAAAGCCUUUUCAGACAGUUGACACACAAUGCUGCAAUUUCCAGGGAACUGUUCAUGGAAAUCAUCACCGAUGAUCUGCGAAGCGAGGCCAAUGAAUUUGCAACCGAUGCUAUGAGCGCGAAGCUGUGGCUGGAGAUAAAGUCGCCUGACCGGGACUAUCUGACUUACGAGGACGUGGAGAACGCCCCUCUGGAAGCACUGAAGAACAUUGCGCGCGCCAUCGACCCACCGCAUGAUACUGAUUGAGAAUGUGCCGGGAUGACUGACAGUGUCGAUGCGCCGCUUGACUGUAGUAUUUUCUGACUGAAGCAGGCCCGGCGGAACCGGUCCGGUCGCUCAGGCCAUGGCCGGACCAACGUCUUGGCCACUAACCUAUGUUUACUGCUGAGGAGGUCAUGUGUAUACUGGCCCGCCAUAUACAUGAUAUACACAAACUGCAUAAAAGGCUAGGGUAAGGCUGGACCAAUCAAUAACUGCUUCCGCCGGUCCUGUAGAGUAUACCGUAGCGGUGACAUUGAGCUUCUACUUCUAGCCACUGGCCCAGUUGCACAUAGUUCCCAUCCCGUAGGCUAGAACUAUUUCUUGAUCGUACUGAAGUACUUGUAUUAUAAGUUAUUUACCUUGACCUAGCCAGCUCAAGCAUCAAUAUGCUCAUGCACUCGGAUGUGCAUUUUAUUUGAAAAUUGCUAUUUUCGGACUCAUUAAAUUUUAUAAAUUAAAGAAGAGUUCGAGGAUGAGACACCCGCUGGUAGCCCGUGUCAUUCUUGCUUUCGCACCAGUUAGUAAUCAGACCUUCGUCAAAUUGAUCGUGUAAUAUUAUUGCAAGAUCAUGAGAUCAUGCAGCAGGAGUUGCAGCCUUCAUUGUAUACGGAUAUGGAAUCAUUAUACAUGGACUUCAGUCUUGAA